AUGCAUUCGAACAAUGAACUGGAAUUCGCCGCCGCGCUAACCGAAACUCACCAGCAACAUCACCACUUAAGACAUCAACACGAUGAAAUUCCAUGGCCCGUCAAGAAAGAGGCUGUUGUCGAAGGCGAUUUAAUAUUAGGUGGUUUGAUGAUGGUUCAUGAAAGAGAGGAUAGUAUUACUUGCGGUCCGAUAAUGCCGCAGGGCGGCGUACAAGCGUUGGAAACUAUGCUCUACACUCUAGACAGGUUAAAUUACGCCGAGAGGCCGAUUCUGCCGGGAAUAUUACUUGGAGCGCAUAUCUUGGAUGACUGUGAUAAGGACACCUAUGGCUUGGAAAUGGCUGUCGACUUUAUCAAAGGUAAGUCUGACGAAAUAUUUAGCUGUCUAGUUUAG